UUUUUUUUCUUAAACAUAAAAGCAGGUCAGAAACUUUGACCAUCCUGCAGCUGUGACACAUGCAGCGUCUCUACUGAUCCGGCGCUGCUUGGGAAAACCUUUCACCCCAACCUAUGCGUGAAUGCGCGAGUGUCUGGGGUAAACGUCCUCUCCCGCUGGCUGCGGGUCAGCCUCUGUAGGCGGGGUGAGAGCUCUUUUUCCCCCCCGUGGUCCCCUCCUAUCUUCACCCUGUCUGUUGUGAGGACCGUGCCUGCUGAGCUCGAAGUUUGAAGGACUUCCCUUCAGACUAAGAAGAACCUUCGCUUUCCCGUGGUGUCAGUUGUACCUUAGGAGCUGAUAAGAUGCCGCUGUCACGGUCCCUGUCCAUGACAUCGCUGAGUGGGGUGCUGCCAGCCUGGGAGGAGGACGAGCUGCCCGUGGAGGAUCUUCUGCUCUUCGAGGUGGCCUGGGAGGUCACCAACAAAGUCGGAGGAAUUUACACUGUCAUUCAGUCCAAGGCAAAGGUCACAGUGGAUGAAUGGGGAGAGAACUACUACAUGAUGGGACCCUACUUUGAGCACAACUUUAGGACUCAGGUGGAGGGCUGCGAGCCACCUAACGACGCCAUCCAGAAAGCCAUGGACGCUCUCAUCCACAAUGGCUGCCAGGUUCAUUUUGGUCGUUGGCUGAUUGAAGGCAGCCCCUACGUGAUCCUGUUUGACAUUGGCUCGGCAGCUUGGAACCUGGACCGAUGGAAGGGGGACCUGUGGGACACCUGUAAUAUUGGCCUUCCCUUCCACGACCGAGAGGCCAAUGACUCCCUUAUCUUGGGCUCACUCGUAGCCUGGUUCUUCAAAGAGUUAACUGACCACCUGGGAGACAACCCCAAUGUCAUUGGUCACUUCCAUGAGUGGCAGGCAGGUCCUGGGCUCCUUCUAGCCCGGUCCCGCAAUAUUCCCAUGGCGACGAUCUUUACGACACACGCAACCCUGCUGGGUAGAUACCUUUGUGCUGGAAAUGUUGACUUCUACAACAACUUGGACAAGUUCAACAUUGACAAGGAGGCUGGCGAGAGACAAAUUUAUCACCGAUACUGCCUGGAGCGAGCAGCAGUCCACUGCGCUCAUGUGUUCACCACCGUCUCCCAGAUCACGGCCGUGGAGGCCAACCACAUGCUGCACAGGAAGCCAGAUGUGGUGACCCCGAAUGGGCUGAAUGUGAAGAAGUUCUCGGCUAUGCAUGAGUUUCAGAACCUGCACUCCACCAACAAGACCCGCAUCCAGGAGUUUGUCAGAGGACACUUCUAUGGCCAUCUUGACUUCAACUUGGAGAAAACACUUUUCUUCUUCAUAGCUGGACGGUACGAGUUUUCCAACAAAGGAGCUGAUAUUUUUCUGGAAUCACUGUCCAGACUGAACUACCUGCUACGGGUACACAAAGAUGAUGUGACCGUGGUCGUUUUCUUCAUCAUGCCAGCUAAAACUAACAACUUUAAUGUGGAGUCACUGAAGGGGCAAGCGAUACGCAAACAGCUCUGGGACACUGCUCACGCUGUGAAGGAGAAGUUUGGCAAAAAGCUGUACGAUGCUCUUUUGAAAGGGCAGAUCCCCGACAUGAAUAGCAUUCUGGAUCGAGAUGACUUCACCAUUAUGAAGAGAGCCAUUUACGCUACUCAGAGACACAGUCUACCUCCAGUGACCACUCACAAUAUGUUGGACGAUACCACAGAUCCCAUCCUUUCCAACGUCAGACGAAUCGGCCUCUUCAACUCCAGGAAUGACCGCGUCAAGAUCAUCUUCCAUCCUGAGUUCCUGUCUUCUACCAGCCCUCUAUUACCUAUGGACUAUGACGACUUUGUUCGGGGCUGUAACCUUGGAGUGUUCCCUUCUUACUAUGAGCCCUGGGGAUACACACCAGGUGAGUGCACUGUCAUGGGGAUCCCUAGUGUGACCACCAACCUGUCAGGUUUCGGCUGUUUUAUGGAGGAGCAUGUUUCAGAACCUGCUGCCUAUGGUAUCUACAUUGUGGAUCGACGGUACAGAUCCCCUGAGGAGUCCUGUAAUCAGCUGACCCAGUUCAUGUUUAGUUUCUGCCAGCAGUCUCGGCGUCAGCGCAUUAUCCAGCGGAACCGAACCGAGAGGCUGUCCGAACUGAUGGACUGGAGAUACCUGGGACGGUUCUACAUACAUGCCCGCCACUUGGCCCUUAGCAGAGCUUUCCCAGACAAGUUCAGUUUGGAUCCUAUGGCACCUCUGAAGACACAGGGUUUCCGAUACCCCCGACCUGCCUCAGUGCCUCCCUCCCCCUCUGCCUCCAUCCACUCCACCCCGCACCACAGUGAUGCGGAAGAUGACGAUGAACCCUACGAUGAAGAGGAGGAGGCCGAGAGGGACCGACUGAACAUCAAGUCACCUUUCGUGCUAGGAUCCGUCCCAGAGGGUAAGAAGAAGCAGCCAGGAGAGUCAGGAAACUGAACUCACCAUCUUCCACUUUCAAGCUCCUGCUUGUGCUUGACGAGCAUUCAAAAAAGAUUGUGCAACUAAAAGAAGCUGUCAAAUGUUGUUAUGGAGAACACACGUCUUCCCCCUACAAGUAAUAAACAAACUGCUUGUACUACUAGAGGGCCAACAAGAUCAACUUUAAGCAACAAAGGUUUUAUACUAAAGUUUGCAAAGUUUUAGAGACAAAAAUGUUGCAUGGGAUUGUUGGAUUCAGUUUGUGAUUCACGUCUCAGUUUUGCAUAAAGAACUUGGGCAGUGAACAUGUGGAAUGUCUUUAUUUUAUGCUACAAAAUAUCAGUUUUCAGAACCAAAAAUUAAAUAAUUAGUCGUAGAUAAAUUGUGUUUUUCAAAAUGUGUCUAUAUAUGAUCUAGUACACAUAUGUCUAUAUUAUGAGGAAAAAAAAAAAAAAUAUAUAUAUAUCUAAUAGAUAUUGAUAUUCCCUUGACUUAAAUUUCUCCAAUCACUGUGCUUAGUCCUAAAGAAAGCCUGCUCCUCAGAGCAACUGUUUAUCUUUAAAACAUGAUAUAUUUUGGACUGAAAGUAGCUAGUCCAGGUAAUUGACUCGCCAAUAUGAUUGGUUUAAAUGUACUUUCAGAAAUCUGUUUGAAAUACAA